GCUGUGACAGACAGCUGAGCUCUCUGAUAUCGUUCAUGUUGUGCGUUCAUGUCAAAUAUACCACAACGUAAUUCAUCAUUACUCUCCAUACUCCUACCAAUGUAUAUAUGGCUAUCAUUGCUUGGCUGCUUAAUUAUAAUAAAUAGAAGUUUGAGGAAUUACUUCUCCAUUGACUGAUUCUCUAACAGGAAUCUUUAUCCUUAUUUAUCCGCUAUGAGAACAGCGAAUUAAACUAGAUGUGGGAAGGCUUCCGCACAUAAGAUGGUCCUUCGAGCCGGAUAUAGCAAAAGUAAAUAAUAUGGAUACUGCAGCUAGCAAUGUAAUAGAUACAAUGGAUCGGCCUAAAAGACAGAAUCAAUUGCCUGCUUACCUGGGUGACUAUGAAGUUGGUUACUCACCUAUUGUGGACCCUCCUCUAAUCGCUACCUCCCAUGCUCACAGCCAGCAUAAAAGCUCAUCGAGGAAACCGUCCCAUAGUAGAGCCAGCUCUCAUUCUAAAUCCAGUAGCCAAUCCAGUAUUGUUGAUACUCAUGCUACAUCUGCACUUACAAGCAGCCAAGCAGCCAUACUAGGGGAGAGAAUAAAGCAACGCCAGUACAAUGACCUUGUUCAACAAAUGGAGGAGGACAGGUUGGCAGAGGUGGAGUUUCAGCGACUACAAACUCAAACUAAAGAUGCCCAACGUGCUCAGGAAGAGGCUCUCAUGGCAAAGGAGGCUUUAACUAACCAGCUGGAAAGACGGCGGAAAUUAAAGAAGGCGGAAACCGAACUGGAGGUGGCCAAGAUGGUGAGUUCUCUGCUUAGCAUUGACACGAGUCAAAUUGAUCCAGAAACUCAACCAUCACCAGACUCAACCCAGCCGCAACCUCAGUUUCUACACACCAGGUCAGUCCAACCAGCUAUGUUACAACAGUCACCCUUUCCAGUAUCCUCAACAAAAUCAGUAAAGCAGACUGUUCCAGAGGCACAGAGUGCAUUCAGGGCCACGCCUAUAAUUCAGUCAACGCCCAAAGCUCCUCAGUCAUUACAUGAGUCCAUGCUCUCGCAAGCCUCAGCUUCAUCCACGUCAUUGCCCUUGUAUGUCGUCAGUCAAGAUUUAAAGGGGUCUCAUGUUGCUUAUUCUAGUCAGAGCAUACCAACGGUUAAUCAGCCCCCUUUAGUCCCUAAGCCAUUACAACACUUCACACCCCUGAAAUCAGCAGUAACCCAGUUUAUCACACCACAUACAGACAGUGUUCUGACCUCACAAGCUAUACAUCCUGUAGCAACCGUUACAUCUGCCUCAAAUGCAAAUAGCUUGCCACAAUAUGGAGCAGCUCAACCUGUCAGUCAGGCCCAGCCUUCUACAGCUACUAGGAAAAUAGGGACCAACCUAUUCAGCCCUACAUUCAAUCCUCUACCUUAUCCACCUCCAUCUGUUCCCAGCACAGGAUACAUGCCUCAACCCGGAACAGAUCUCUUAAUGGCAGCAGCCUAUGGCAUCCCACGCCCUACGUUACCCGUCUUCGAAAGUGGCACUGAAAGUGACUUUGCUCUGUUGAAAUUGGCCUUGGACAAUCUCUUAAGCUACCAUACUCACAUUAGUGAGCAGUACAAAUAUCAAGUGUUGUUGAGCCAUCUAAAAUUCCCUAGUGCCCAGCAGCUGGCUAAGGCAUAUAUGCACCAUCCACAACCAUAUACUGCUGCUUUACAAGCCUUACAGGAGAAAUACGGCCAGCCUAGGCAGCUCGUACAGUCUGAGUUAGGAGCUAUAAUGAGCACUCCCCCCCUCAAAAUGGGUGAUUCCAAUGCCUUUGACUCAUUUGCCUUAUCCGUCCAAUCUCUAGUGGGCAUGUUAAGAACUUUGGAAGGACAAAAUGGGUAUGAGCUUAUGUGUGGUUCGCACGUAGAUCGUCUUCUGGGAAAAAUGCCACCUGCUUAUCGAGACAGCUUUGUAGAAUACUGCCUAAGCCAUGGCAUUCUCCAAACUGGUACUGAUCGAACCUAUACUCUUCCUGACCUGGCAGUUUGGUUACAGACAAAGUCACAAGCAAAACGUAUCUCAAGCCGAGCAGCUGCUAUGUUCCAGCCUGAUAAUACAAAAUCAUAUGGGAAGAGUAAGGGAACCACACCUUAUAGAGAGCGAUCGACACCUAUACUUUUGACCUCUGAAAAGGCUGCCAAACCCAUUGAACAUACACAGGCUAAAGUUGCCUCCAAACCAAAGCCCUACUGUCCUCAUUGCGACAACAGAGAACAUUAUCUCAACUCCUGUGAUAAAUUCAAAAGGUUGAACACUACCCAGAUUGUCACAUGGAUCACAGAAGGUAAACGUUGUUGGAAAUGUGGUAGAAAUCACUCAGUGGACUCCUGUAACCUCAAACGGCCAUGUAAAGUCUGCAGAGAACUGCAUCUUACUGUAUUACAUGACUCUGUAAAGGACACUUCGAAAGCUGUGCUGCUGGUGAGUUCACCAUCUACGCCAAUCUACCUGGACAGGCCUAACCGCUCACAGAAAGUUAUGCUUAAAGUUGCCAAAGUACUUCUGCACAAUGGUGGCCAGAUGAUUGAAGCCCAUGCUGUUCUCGAUGAUGGCUCCGAAAGAACCAUUGUUCUUCCUCCUGUCGUUCAGCAGCUGAAACUACAUGGAGUUCCAGAGGUUCUUCCUUUACAGACAAUCCAACAAAGUCAUACCGCAGUCAAAGGAGCAUCAAUAACCUUUGAAAUAUCUCCAAUUGACAGACCCACAGAGAGGUAUGUCAUCCGAAAUGCCUUUACUGCUCCCGGUUUAAGUCUCGCUGAGCAUGAUUAUCCAGUGACAGCACUGCAGAAGGCAUAUCGCCAUCUAAAAGGUCUACCACUACUACCUGUAGAUAGGGUACAACCCUUACUCCUCAUAGGGUCUGAUAUGCCAGAUCUCUUGAUUCCCACUCAGCCCGUAUGUAAAGGACCACCAGGCGGCCCCAUUGCUAUAUGUACCAGGCUUGGUUGGGUGCUGCAAGGCCCAAUGAAUCCAAUUCAGCCCCCUAGAGGUCAACAACAAUGUCUGCACAUUCUCACAACUCCACCCCGUGAUGAGCUGUAUCAGCAUGUAGAACGCUUAUGGCAAAUCGAUGUUUUGCCAUACAAUGAAAAGGUGAUCGUUAGGUCUAAACAGGACCAACAGUCUUAUGACCUUUUACAGUCAGCUACUGUCAGAGUAAAUGUGAAUGGUGUUUUACGCUAUGCUACACCAUUGUUAAGACGUACACCUAUCACCUUGCUUCAUGCAGACAAAAGUGCUGUGAUUCCCAGUCUACGAAAUAUUGAGAGGAGGUUGGCAAAGGAUCCUAAGCGAGCUGAAUCUUACUGCUCCGAAAUUCAGAAGCUGGAAUCAGCAGGAUACAUUGCCAAGAUAUCAGCAGAGGAAGCAAACAAGACAAAGGAAUCCUGGUUUAUUCCGCAUCAUAUGGUGUGCCACAAUGAGAAGGACCGAGUAGUAUUUAACUGUUCAUUUCAGCACCAAGGACAAAGUUUAAAUGAGCAACUGCUUCCUGGACCGGCACUGGGUCCAUCUCUGCUUGGAGUCAUAAUGAGGUUCCGACAGCAUGCCAUUGCAGUCAGUGGUGACAUCAAGGGCAUGUUUCACCAGGUGCGUCUGUUACCGGAGGACAAAUCAGUGCUACGAUUCAUAUGGAGGGAUAUGAAUAGGGAAGCUAACCCAGACAUCUAUGAGUGGCAGGUCCUUCCUUUUGGCACAACAUGCAGUCCCUGUUGUGCCAUUUACGCCCUACAGCAUCAUGCCCAAGAGCACAAAGACACCAUGACUGGCUUAGCUAACAUAGUGGAGCACUCAUUUUAUGUAGACAACUGCCUGCACAGCACUCCAGACCAGGGUGAUGCCAAAGGUAUAAUAGAUGGACUGCGUCAGUCUCUGAUGAAAGGAGGUUUCGAAAUAAGGCAGUGGGCAUGUAAUGUACCUGCAGUUCUCAAGCACCUGCCACCAGAGGCCAGAUCUGAUAGCAGCGAACGCUGGUUGUCCCAAACUAGUCAUGACAUGCAAGAACUUGCCCUCGGCCUUCAAUGGAACUGCCUUGAUGACACUCUUGGGUAUAAGAACCGAUCGGCAGAGACUGUCCAACCCACAAUGAGAAACUUGUACAAGACUUUGGCAAGCCAGUUUGAUCCCCUGGGGUUUAUCAUACCAUUUACCACACGGGCUAAGACACUCAUUCAAGACCUUUGGAAACAUAACCUAGGCUGGGAUGAUCCAAUUGAACCUCUUCAUUUGCGGGAAAAAUGGCAUACAUGGGUUGCAGAAAUUUCUGACAUCACUACACUACAACUGCCACGUUCUUAUGUUCCGGCCUAUGCAGACACUCCUUCCACUGUCAGGGAAUUACAUGUCUUUUGCGAUGCCUCAGAAAGAGCAUACGGUGCAGUAGCCUAUCUUCGGGCCACAGAUGAACUAGGUGAAGUUCAUGUUGCUUACGUCUUAGCUCGAUCCAGAGUGGCUCCCCGCAAAUGCUUAUCCAUGCCACGUUUAGAACUGUGCGCCGCACUUUCUGGAGCCCAAAUGGCCAACGUAAUACAGGCUGAACUGACUCUUCCGAUACAGCAAAUCACAUACUGGUCUGAUUCCACUACUGUGCUGCAUUGGUUGAAGUCCGAGUCAUGCAGAUACAAGGUGUUUGUGGGGGCUCGAGUAUCUGAGAUUCAGACACUGACAGAUGUGACUAGGUGGAGAUAUGUUGACUCAAAUCAAAACCCAGCUGACCAUAUCACCCGAGGUCUUACCUUAAAGGAAUUAGCAGGUCCUCACCAAUGGAGAUCUGGACCAAGUUUCUUGACUCAAACCUUAGAUAUGUGGCCAUCGUCACCCACACCAGAGAUUGAACCUGAACCUACUGAACUGAAAAAAGCAUCCUUUCUUGGAGUAGUCACAAUAGCUUCUGGCUCAAUCCCUCCAGACCUUGGUCAGUUCAAAACUUGGAAAGAACUAGUUCAAGCCACUGUUAGGGCCUGUGAUGGGGCGGCUACCCACACUGACACUCCUAAAGCCUCAGACUACAUUCAGGCAGAAAAGCUUCUUUUGGCACGUGCACAGCUCGACUCUUUUCCUGAGGAAUUCAAAGCUUUGACAGCUGUACACCCCAUUCCUACAGAUAGUCGCUUAAGUUCCCUCGCCCCAGAGUAUGAUAAAGAUACAGGUCUUAUAAGAGUAGGUGGACGACUCCGUCGGGCAGAAGCUUUGUCUCCAGACAUUAUCCAUCCUAUAGUUCUAGACCCUAAACAUCAUGUUACAAAGCUACUUAUUCAGGAUGCAGACCAACGGCUUCAUCAUCCUGGUGCAGAACGAGUUCUCGCAGAGCUACGACGCAAAUACUGGGUGAUUAGAGGUCGCGAAGCAGUACGUAAGCACCAACGUUCCUGUUACAAUUGUCAGUUUUGGCGUGCCAAACCACAAACCCCACAGAUGGCAGAUCUUCCUCCCGCUAGGCUACGUCUGUUCAAACCACCAUUUUACUCUACCGGCACAGACUGCUUCGGCCCCUUUCAUGUAAAGAUAGGACGCCGUCAAGAGAAAAGAUGGGGUAUUUUGUACAAGUGCCUAACAACAAGAUGUUUGCAUCUAGAUCUCCUUGAACACUUGGACACAGAUGCCUUUCUUCUUUCCUUGCGACGCUUCAUAGCUCGAAGAGGGAAACCCUUUGAGAUAUUGUGCGACAAUGGUACCAACUUUGUAGGAGGGGACCGAGAGCUUAGAGACACAUUUAACCAAAUGUCCCAGGAGCUUCAAGAACAGUUGGCUGAACAGCAGAUUCAAUUUCGCUAUAACCCACCAAGUGCUCCACACUUUGGCGGAACAUGGGAGCGAGAGGUUAAAUCCGUCAAGUCAGCCUUGCGAGUUGUUCUGAGAGAGCAGUCUGUACCCGAGUCUGUCUUGCAAACAUUAUUAGUGGAGGUCGAAGGAAUGCUCAAUUCAAAGCCACUCGGCUAUGUCUCAUCAGAUAUUGCAGAUCCAGAUCCUGUGACCCCCAAUAUGCUGCUCAUGGGGCGCCAUGAUGCUUCUCUACCGCAAGUCCUCUUUGACUCCAACCAACUCUUGGGGAAACGUAGGUGGAGACAUAGUCAGGUAUUGGCCGACCAUUUCUGGACUGCUUUCAUCCGCUACUACUUACCAGAACUACAGGGUAGACAGAAAUGGAGAUCAGAUGGCAAAGAGCUGGCAGUGGGGCAAGUUGUACUUUUAAUUGAUCAUCAACUUCCACGAGCUCUGUGGCCUGUGGGUACUGUGGUGGAGACAUAUGCAGGGGCUGAUGGAAGGAUUAGAACAGCUAAAAUCCAAGUCAGAAAUAAGAUGUACAUUCGCCCAGUUGUAAAACUCAUUCAGAUUCCCCAAGUUAUAGAUGAUUAGUCAAACGGACUUUCUUAAGGGAAUCAAUUAUCCUGACAGAUAAUUGGGGGCGGCUAUGUCAUAAAGUCCGUUCACGGAAGGGAACUUUGUUGCCUUUAUAGUUUGUUUCCGGCGGACCAUUAAACAGUUGCCACUGACCUGAGAGCUGUGACAGACAGCUGAGCUCUCUGAUAUCGUUCAUGUUGUGCGUUCAUGUCAAAUAUGUGAGUAAUCACGCAUAUUGUUACAUCUUUAGCACCUUGUGCCUGCUAUUGUGAAUGUUCGAUGUUAUGCCAUUGUUUAUAUAUGCAAAUUACGAUCGCGACGCGAUCGCCGUAAUCUGAUAUGUAUAUUAGCCAUGUUAGCAUUGUACACGCUGAUGCUCACGUGCAACCAUGUGCUUCGCACUAUAUUUAAUAACUGUUUGAGUUCAUGUUAUAUACUGUUCAUUUACUUAACUAAACUAAUAGUUAUGUGUAAUGUUUACAUGACAUGAUGUUUUAAUCACAUAACUGAAACUUAACUACUGAAGUGAAUGUAUACAGAUUUAUUCAUUUAUAUGUUUAUUUUACAGACCACAACGUAAUUCAUCAUUACUCUCCAUACUCCUACCAAUGUAUAUAUGGCUAUCAUUGCUUGGCUGCUUAAUUAUAAUAAAUAGAAGUUUGAGGAAUUACUUCUCCAUUGACUGAUUCUCUAACAGGAAUCUUUAUCCUUAUUUAUCCGCUAUGAGAACAGCGAAUUAAACUAGAUGUGGGAAGGCUUC